AUAUCAUUUAAAAUCCAUAUAGUUCUCCUUUCCCCUCUCUCUCUAUAUAUUGAACAAGUUUAUGGACGGAAGAACUAACUAGCUCUAGUGGAGAAUACAACAAUAUGGGUGGUCUUGUACAUACUAUACAAUUUGUUUUUGGGAUUGUUGGAAAUGCAGCUACUCUCUUUCUCUUCUUGGUACCCACGUUUACAUUCAAGAGGAUUAUCAAGAACAAAUCGACAGAACAAUUUUCUGGCAUACCUUAUGUUAUGACGUUUCUCAACUGUUUGCUUUCUGCAUGGUACGGUCUACCAUUUAUAACAUCAAACAAUAUUCUAGUAGCAACAAUAAAUGGGGCUGGAGCUGCAAUUGAAUUGAUAUACGUGCUCAUCUUUUUCUUAUAUUCACCAAAUAAACAAAAGGGAAAAAUCUUAGCAAUGUUCGUUUUAGUCCUAUUGGCUUUUGCUGCCGUAGCGGUUAGUUCGGUGCUUGUUUUUCAUGGAAAAAACAGAAAACUUUUUUGUGGUACGGCUGCCACCAUAUUCUCCAUCGUUAUGUAUGCAUCUCCUAUGUCUAUCAUUAGAUUAGUAGUCAGGACCAAGAGUGUGGAGUACAUGCCAUUCUUCCUGUCAUUUGCCGUUGUUGUAUCUUGUACCUGCUGGUUUAUCUAUGCCAUGCUAGGAAUGGACCCAUUUAUUGGCAUUUCAACAGGUGUUGGCUUGGGUUUAGGAAUAGUGCAACUGAUCUUAUAUUUCAUUUACUGUGAUAAUAAAGUUUUAAAGAAGAAGACAUCUACUAUUGAUGAGUCCCUGCAGAAUAUGGGCAACGAACAUAGCAAUAAUAUUAAGUAUUACAAUGAUGAUAAGCAAUCAAGUUUUCAUGAGAAUCAAUGCUCCAACCACGAGCAAGUCUAGACGAGUUAUAGGAUCAAGCUUCAUUUGCUCAUCCACUAAGAGUCCAAGACAGCUCUGAUUGGAAGAAAGAACAAUUGUUUUUUCCGGGUUUUAAAUGUCUCCACAGCUGCUUCAUCUGUUUUGUAUCAAAAUGUAACAUUAAUGAUAUUCAUUUUUUAAAAAGACACAAAAAAAAUUAUUAAAU